GGCGGCGGCGGCGGCGAGCUGGAAAUGUCCUGUCCCUGCUGCAGCCUGGUCAGCUCCCUGUUCCUAGCCCUGCUCUUGCACGGGCUGGGAGAAGGUUCUGCACUUCUGCAUCCAGACAGCAGGUCCCACCCUCGAUCACUGGAGAAGAACGCAUGGCGAACUUUCAAGGAGUCACAGUGUCACCACAUGCUGAAGCAUCUCCACAAUGGAGCCCGAAUCACUGUACAAAUGCCUCCAACAAUUGAGGGCCAUUGGGUCUCCACUGGUUGUGAAGUUAGGUCUGGCCCAGAAUUCAUCACAAGAUCGUAUCGAUUCUACCACAAUAAUACAUUCAAAGCCUACCAGUUUUACUAUGGAGGUAACCGGUGCACAAACCCGAUAUAUACCUUAGUUAUCCGUGGUAAACUUCGCCUUCGGCAAGCAUCAUGGAUCAUUCGAGGAGGGACUGAAGCCGAUUACCAACUGCACAACAUACAGAUCAUCUGUCACAAUGAGGCGGUAGCUGGAAGACUAAGCCAGCUGGUCAACCGUACAUGCCCUGGAUUUAUACCAGAAGACAAACCUUGGGAGCAGAAUGUGAGCUAUGAUAUAUGGAGAGAAGAAAAUGGCUAUGAAUGCAUCAGAGCUCUGAAUUUUGCCAUGCAUGAACUUCAGCUGAUCCGCGUAGAGAAGCAAUACCUUCACCAUAACUUAGACCACUUAGUAGAAGAGCUAUUUCUUGGAGACAUUCACACCGAUCCUGCCCAGAGGAUGUAUUAUCGUCCAUCUAGCUACCAAUCCCCUUUACAAAAUGCCAAGAACCAUGACCACUCAUGUAUAGCAUGCAGGAUCAUCUAUCGGUCAGAUGAACACCACCCUCCAAUUUUACCUCCAAAGGCUGAUUUGACUAUUGGAUUACAUGGGGAAUGGGUGAGCCAACGCUGCGAAGUGCGCCCUGAAGUACUUUUUCUCACCAGGCACUUUAUUUUCCAUGACAACAAUAAUACUUGGGAAGGUCACUACUAUCAUUACUCUGAUCCAAUAUGCAAGCACCCUACCUUCACUAUCUACGCCAAGGGCCGUUACAGUCGAGGAGUGCAUUCAUCCAAAGUGAUGGGCGGAACAGAAUUUGUCUUCAAAGUGAACCAUAUGAAGGUCACGCCCAUGGACAUAGCUACUGCCUCUCUCUUGAAUGUCUUCAACGGCAAUGAGUGCGGGGCCGAAGGGUCAUGGCAGGUCGGAGUACAGCAGGAUGUUACACACACGAACGGCUGUGUUGCUUUGGGGAUCCGUCUUCCUCAUACGGAGUACGAAAUCUUCAAAAUGGAACAGGAUGCGAAGGGAAGAUACUUGCUGUAUAAUGGCCAAAGGCCUAGUGAUGGAUCCAGCCCAGACAGGCCAGAGAAGAGAGCCACAUCGUAUCAGAUGCCCUUAAUUCAAUGUACUUCAUCAACCCCAAAAGCAGACGGAUCGUUAGAAGAAAAUAAGUUAGGAUGGUACAGCAGUGGAACAACAGCCAGGAAUUCCUGGGCAUUUGUUUUGACUGUGAUGCUGAGUUUCUGUACUGUUUCUCACUUGGUAAUUUACAGCUAGGAGUUGGGAUUAUACACAUCUUCAGUUCAGGUACCAGGAUGGUGCAUGCCU